AUGACGUCGUGUUGAUUUUGAGCGGAGAAAUAAUUUAUUUAUAAACUGACGUAAGGGCGCUAAAUCUAAAAUAAACCGUGAAUAAAAUGUGAAAAUACAUAAAAUAUUUUGGUGAAGCAGCUGCACGCAUGAAAGGUUCGAUAAUAUUUGACCUUAACACAAUACACUCGUUACGUUAGCGUCAGGUAGCGUUAAAUGGAAAAUGCAGGGAAAAUGACUUGCUAACACUGCCGGUUGCGCUAGCUACAUUUUAGCUAGCUAGCUAACAUUAGCACGAGGGUAGUCCUUACUCCUGACGUUACCCUUCAAAUACUGUUUGUCGUGAUUUAUUGUAUUUCAGUUCUCUAUGUAUUGUUGCGAUGUGUGGUGUGAUAUGCUCACUUUUUAAGUUCAGUAGGGUAACGUUAGUGAGGGAACUACUAAGCGAAUACUACCUGGCUAGGUUAAGUAGCACCACAUAGCUAACGGAUUAUGGCGCCCCGCUUACAGCUGGAGAAGGCGGCUUGGCGUUGGGUGGAAACGGUGAAACCAGAAGAAAUCAGGCAGGAGCAUAUCGAGCUAGCAUAUCGCGUCAAUCUCUCGGCCUGCAAGAGAGGAACCUGCAGGAGAAACUGCAAAGGGAAUCCCAACUGUCUUGUGGGUAUUGGUGAGCAGGCGUGGCUUGGGGAGAUUGAUGAAAAUGCUUUCCACAAUAUUGAUGACCCAAAUUCAGAGCGUCGAGACAAGAACACAUUUGUUGGCCUGACCAACCUGGGUGCAACAUGUUACGUCAACACAUUCCUGCAAGUGUGGUUCCACAACCUGGAGCUGCGUAGGAGCCUCUACCAGUGCCACAAUUCACGAGCACAGGAACACAAUAUUGAGUCUGAUUACGAGCCUCAGUCCAUCUGUGAGCAUCUGCAGUAUCUUUUUGCACUCCUGCAGAACAGCAACAGGAAGUACAUCGACCCUUCAGGGCUGGUCAAAGCACUAGGCCUGGACACAGGACAGCAGCAGGAUGCCCAGGAGUUUUCAAAGCUUUUCUUGUCUCUACUGGAGGACACUCUGUCCAAGCAGAAGAACACCAACCUGCAGAAUGUCAUCCAGCGGCAGUUCUGUGGACAGUUCUCCUACGUUACUGUCUGUAACCAGUGUGGAAGAUCAUCUGCACUGCCGUCCCGAUUCUACGAGCUGGAGCUGAACAUCCAGGGCCACAAGAACCUCACCGAGUGUGUCACAGAGUUUCUGAAGGAGGAGAAGCUGGACGGGGAGAACCGCUACUUCUGUGAGAGCUGUCAAAGUAAACAGAGUGCCACCCGAAGGAUCAGACUGCACAGCCUUCCUCCAACCCUCAACCUACAGCUCAUGCGCUUUGUCUUUGAUAGACAAACAGGCCACAAGAAGAAGCUCAACACCUUUAUCAGUUUUCCAGAGCAGCUGGACAUGGGGCCUUUUUUGGAAGGAAAACAAGACCAGAAGUGUGUUUAUGAACUGAGUGCAGUGUUGAUCCAUCGGGGCAUCAGUGCCUACUCAGGCCACUACAUUGCCCACGUGAAAGACGCUCGCACUGGCGACUGGUACAAAUUCAAUGAUGAGGAAAUUGAAAAGAUGGAAGGCAAGAAGCUGCAGCUUGGCAAUGAAGAGGACAUCGCUGAGACAAUGAAGUCCCAGACACGAAAGCCAAAGUGCAGUAAAGGCUACCACUGCUCCAGAAAUGCAUACAUGCUGGUGUAUAAGGUCCAGGAAGAGGAGAGCUCCGAUCCGUCCAGGACCAGCGUCGAGGUGCCAGCCUUCCUUCAGAGGUUGGUGGACCAAGAUAACCAUAAAUUUGAGGAGUGGUGCAGUGAGAUGGCCGACAUGAGAAAACAGAGCGUGGAUAAGGGCAAAGCCAAGCAUGAGGAGGUGAAGGAGCUCUACGAGCUUUUACCUGCAAGAGACGACGAGCCGUAUGAGUUUAUCCCCCUGGACUGGUUGAAGAAGUGGCUGGAGGACUCCACUGCCACAAAAGAAAUCGACAACUCCCUCUUCCUGUGUUCUCACGGCAAACUGCACCCAGAUAAGGUGGGAGAUUCCAAGAGGGUUUCCUUGCAGGCUGCUCAGCUCCUCUACGAGCGCUACGGCGGAGGACCGAGACUUGACGGCUCCUCUCUUUGUAGAGAGUGUGUUGGCCAGCGAUGCAGAGUGCUGCGGCUGAAGAACCAGCUCAAUGAAGACUACAAGGAAGUCUCCAACCUGGUCAAACGCACGCUCAGUGGUGAGGGCUACUGGGUGGGCAAAGCAUCUCUGCGUAUCUGGAGGCAGUUGGCUUUGGAACAGCUGGAGGAGGACGAAAAUGAAACCAAACACAGCAAUGGCCAGACCAAUGGACAAGGACCACACACCAACAAUAGCAAAGAGUUCGGCCCAGAGCUCUCAGAGGGCAACGAGGACGAGAUGAAGACUUUCAAUGAAGACAUUGUCUGCAGUCACGGGGGUCUGAGUAUUCUGGAGACUGAACGGAAGCUGGUAUCCUCUGAAGUUUGGACCAAGCUGAGGGCAUACUUCCCCAAAUCCCCAGAAUUCACCCAAAACCAAGAGCCCUGUCAGCAAUGCCUGACAUUGGAGCAGGAAGAAAAGGACAAUGAGGCGGUCAGUAAGAUGAUGGCCCUGGACCAGAAGAACCAGCUGCUCAACCUCUUCCAUGAGAAGAACCGGCCAACACUGACCAAGUGGCCUCAGGGCACGGAUGUACUUUACAUAGUCCCUCUGUUUUUUGUUGAUGAGUGGAGAAAAUUCAUCAGGAGGCCCACUAAAUCAUCUCCAGUGUCUAAUGUGAGCAACACUCUGCUGCUCUGUCCUCACGGAGGCUUUAUGUUCACCUAUGACUCCCUGAUCAACGGAGAUGCACAACAUAUAGCUCUGCUCUGGCCCAGCGAAUGGGAAGUGAUCAGCAGACUCUUCAUUGUGGACCAGCCGAUCUCCAUCCACUGCUUCAAACAGACCACACCAAGUGGUCCCACCAUUCAGUACACAACUCAGCCUGAUCUGUGUUGGGAGUGCAGAGAGAGCUUCCUUUUCCAGCAGCAGAGGGACCUCAGAGAGUAUACCCAAGCAACCAUCUACAUCCGCAAAGUCAUUGAAGACAAGAGGAUGAUAAAGGAGGCGGCUCCGGAACUGAACGCCAGCAGCUCCGAGGCAGAGGAGGAGAAGGAAGAACAUCCAAAGGUGGAUGGAGAGAAAGACCCUGACUUCAGUCAGUCACAAGAUGGUGCAAAGCGGCUAAAGAUGAGUGACAGCAGCGCAGCAUCGUUAGCUACUGUUUCUGUGACCAACAUGACCAAACUAGGUGGAAUAAGGAGAAGCACCAGGCACAGGAAACUCCGAGGAGAGAAAGCACUCAUCGUUUCAGCUAAUCAGACACUUAAAGAGCUGAAAAUACAGAUUAUGCACGCCUUCUCCGUGGCUCCGUUUGACCAGAACCUCUCCAUUGAUGGAAAAAAUCUGACAGACGACUCGGCCACACUGGGCAGUCUGGGCGUCAUCCCUGAAAGCAUCAUCUGUCUAAAGGCUGAUGAGCCAAUAGCAGACUUUGCUGCAAUGGAUGAUGUCGAUCAGGUGAGAAUGCCUGAAGAGGGAUUUAAAGGCACUGGGCUUCUCGGGCACUGAGGAAAGCUGUGCUGUUGCUAUGCUUGAAUUGGACCGAUGACAGAUGGAAAUUUUAAAAAAAAGCUUGAAUUUGUCAAGUGUCCAUAUAUAAAUAAGUGCUUUAAUUUUUUUUUUACGUUUUGAGUAGGCUUUCUUUAAUAAAACUGUGACUAUGUUGCAAAGCCGCUGUUUUUCUCUACAUAAGGUUAGCUGGCCUUUGAUCUUUAAACUUCCUAAUCAUUCUGACGGACUUUGUGGUAGUGCUUCUGCCUGACUAAUACAAACAGGUUGAGGAAGCUAAGUGGAGCUGUUGUAUUCAGAGGCUUGGCUUCACUUAAGUCCUACUGUUACUCAAGAAAAUGGGCUUUGUUUUUGACUCUUUUAAAUUAUGGCAGAAGAAAAAUUCAAGACAAUGUUCUUUCUUUCCAUUAUGUGGAAGCUUGUGUUCUCACUGCAGUUUCCAGGUUUGUCAAAAGAAUGCACGAGUAACUGUUAAGUAUUACAAAUAUAACUGCUCUUAAAUGUUAGAACAUUUAUUACCUCUACAGCAAAUCUAUAUCUAUAUACUCCAUGUGGCAUUUAGAGAUACAUAGCUACACGGUAUGUAUAGAGGCUGAUUCCUGCAUAAGUUUCAGCAGUGCAAACCUCGAGAGUUGGAAGUGAGAAACAGAAUGCAUCAGUGAUAUGUCCUGUUCUUUUCACUGUUAUUUCUUAUGGACAAUAAAGUUAUUUUCAAAGCA